AUGGAGAUGGAGAUGUCCGACAGUGAAGUUGUUAGAGUUGAAAUACCGCGGGGCAAUCUACCGGAAGUCGCCGACAACAUUAACCAUGGCUUUGCUCAAGAGUGGGAAGAUUGUCUUCAAAACAGUGAGACCACAAAACGUUCAGAACGUAAACGAAAAAUGGAGAAAGUACCUUCAUUACUCUUGAAAGGCAAAAAAGGUCGAAGAAAUCGCCAAUGCUACCAGCCAGCAGUGAUUUCACUUGGUCCUUACCACCAUAAACGAGACGACCUUGUCGCAGCUGAGAAAUACAAGCUCAUAACACUCGAGGAGUAUCGCUUAAGCUGCGGAACUCGAACUUCCAUGGAUUCGUUAUACAAAAAGGUCUUCGAAGUUGUACAUGAUGCUAGAAAUUGCUAUAUCGAUGGUUCUACAGAUGAAUACAACGAUGAGGAAUUUAAUCGAAUGAUGUUACAUGAUGGUUGCUUCAUUUUGUUCUUUAUAGAGUGUGUUGCUAGUCACCCGAAUACUUUGGCAAUGCUAAAUAAUGAGUAUUUAGGCGCAUUGGGCUUCGCGCACGUAACUCGUGACAUUUUGUUGCUCGAGAACCAAAUCCCGUUUAUAGUACUCCAAGUUUUGUUGGAUUUGCGAUUCCCAAAAGAUAGAGGCGAAAAUAUCUUAAAUGACUUCUUUAACUACUUGAAGUAUGGUGAAAUCUCCACGAAGGAAAAAAAGGUGCUUGGAAAGAAGAAACCUCUUCAUCUUCUCGAGCUUUACAGGUCCCAUUUCAUCUCGCUUUCCUCCUCUUCGAUAAAAAAGAUUGACGAUGAUGCUAAUGAAAAAUGGAAUUAUGUAAAGAGAAAUCGAUCUUUUCCAUCAAUCAUGGAACUCAAAGCUAAAGGAAUUUUCUUGAAAUGUACUAAAUUCGAGGACGAGUCUUCUACCGAAAACAUCAAGUUUCAUUCACAUUGUUAUUAUGGUAAGCUUGAGCUUGUGCGUCAGUCUGUUUACUUGAAUUCAAAAUCUAUUUACUUAAACAUGAUCGCUUAUGAGAUGUGCCCUCAUAAUCCAAAUGACUUUCGAGUUUCAACUUAUAUUCGAGUAAUGAAAUCAUUGGUUGUUCAUCAUGAUGACGUGAAGGAGUUACGAAACAACAACAUAUUGCUUCAUAGUCUUGGUCGAGAUGAAGACGUGGUGAAGAUGUAUGAUGAUAUUGAGGCACCGGCUGUGAAUCUCUACAUGUUUAACCAGCUCCGGCAAGGCAUUGAGAAGCAUUGUACUAACAAGUAUAAAAUGUGGGUGGCGGAGCUGAUUAACGUCCACUUUAGUAGUCCAUGGAAGACGGUGGCUUUAUUUGUGGCUACUUCUAUUUUGUUUAUUAGUUUUGUACAGACUUACUUCACCAUUAAGCCACUUCCAGAUGACUCCACUAGGGAUAUUCUCAAGCUUUUGAGACAAUUUGAAUACUCUAAGCCUCCCUCUACACCUGUUUGA